AUUCUUCAAUCGACAACCGCUAACCCGCAGCAAAUUCCAAGAUGAAGUACAUCCACUCCGAGGAAUUGCUCGACAUCCCCGAGGGGGUCAAGGUCGCCAUCAAGACCAGGAAUGUCGUCGUUGAGGUCGCAGGGCAAGCUCUCAAAGUCGCUCGGCCACUUGGCGGUCAGCUUCACUCACCCCAAGAAGAACGUCAUCAAGAUCGAGCUUCACCACGGCUCCCGCAAGAGCGUCGCCACUCUCCGCACUGUCCGCACUCUCAUCAACAACUUGAUCAUCGGUGUCACCAAGGGCUACAAGUACAAGAUGCGUUACGUCUAUGCCCAUUUCCCCAUCAACGUCAACAUCGAGAAGAACAAGGAGACCGACCAGUUUGAGGUUGAGAUCAGGAACUUCGUCGGCGAGAAGCUCGUACGAAGGGUCACCAUGAGGCCCGGUGUCGAUGUCGAGGCAUCAAAGAACACCAAGGAUGAGCUGCAGCUCACCGGAAACUCCCUCGAGGAUGUUUCCCAGAGCGCCGCCGACAUCCAGCAAAUCUGCAAGGUCCGCAACAAGGAUAUCCGAAAGUUCUUGGACGGUCUGUACGUGUCGGAGCGGGGCAACAUUGAGGCAUAAGCGUGUCGCGGGUUAUGGGUUUCUUUCACGGCAUAUGAGCACAUGAGCUUCUCUGCAUCACGGACUGCGGUUGGCGCCCUGGGGUUCAGCUCAAAAAGGAUGUUUGAUAACAAUACCACCACUACCGGAUGGACCAAACUGCGCGCGCCAGCUGUGAUGACAUGACUCACUACAUAGCACGAACUUUAUGAUAAUUCUCAGCAACCGCCCUGAGCAAAUUGCAUCAACCAAC